AUGUCUACAUUAUCAUCUCUUCCUGGUGAAGAGCCAGUGCCUAUCCCACUCACCUCUACAUCACACCCGAACGACCCUAUUCCCGAAGAGCCUACAUCAAUACCGCAUUUGACCCUCCUACGACGCUCGGCAACCGGUGCAUCGGACUCGCAGUCAACAGCGACCUCGGUCACCGGCGCAUCAGAAGUGUCCGUUGACUCUGAUGUCCCGCUGACACCGAUAACGGAACCGUCUAGUGACGCUGCGCUGGACGAUGCAUACGCUGAUAGCAAAGAGCCAGGUGCUAUACCCCAACGCCGAAGACGAGCGUCCACAGUCUUGAUAUCCCAGAAUUCAGAGGAUGUCCAAAGGAUACUGGGAGACAUCCGCGGCGGAACCAAUCUCUUAGGGAAGAUAUGUUGUGGAGGGGGAUGCUGCAAACUUGAGCCUCUCAAGCAUGCCCUUCCAUCCAUCACUACCAACCCCGUUGCCCGGCCAAAGAACGCUGCGUUUGAGAGCCUGAGGCUAUACGUUGGCGAGCUCUCUAUCGACAGCAAGCUUACCAAGACCGCUCCUCUUCCAGAAAAUACCAUAUCCUUCUCGUCUCCGUCAAUUGACUCCGUAGGAAAGAAACUAGGGCCAGCAGAUCAUCCUCCUCAAUUCCUCCAACCGCACGCACCAUAUGAAGUCUAUCGUGCGCCUCUUCACCAUGCACGAGAGUUGACGAGACCCGGGGCUGAGAAACGAACUUACCAUUUUGAUAUCGAUGUCACAGAUUAUCCAGUUGAGGGUGGAAAUGUAGACUUUGUCGUUGGAGGUGCCAUUGGUGUUUGCCCUAGUAACUCUGAGGAUGUCGUUGAAGCUGUCUUCAAUCGCCUCGGAGUUCCCAAAUUCAUACGGGAUAAAAAGAUCACACUCCAUACCACCAAGGGUCGAUGGCCUACCAUUUGGGGAGACGAAAAACCUAGAGACCUGUUAACCACCAGGCGUGAACUUCUCUCCUGGUGUUCUGAUUUACAGAGCUACCCUCCUACUAAGCCGUUCCUUCGACUUCUCGCAGAGUAUGCUUCCGAUGAGAGUGAAAAGAAGAUUCUCAUGUAUUUAUGCUCUGCGCAGGGCCAGGCUGCUUUCUGUGACCUCCGGACUGGUCCUUAUAUCACCGUCUUGCAGCUCCUUGAUGCAUUCCCUUCGUCUCACCCACCUCUAGACCAUCUUCUUUCCACCCUGAACACACUUAUGCCCCGGUUCUAUUCGCUCUCCCAAGAUCCUAUGAUUCAACGCACUAUUGAUGGGAAGGAAUCACGCCGUGUUAUCGAGAUUGCUGUGACUGUUCAUGAAUGCCCUGACUGGAAGGGGGGAUACCGCACAGGAGUCGGAUCUGGCUUCUUAGAACGCCUAGCUCGAAAGCUACAGGCAGCUGAAAGAGAUGGCAUUGAUCCAGCUAGCUUGGACUUGCACGUACCCAUGUUCCGUGGACUCAUGUCCAACCCACUUGCCAGACGAUUCGUCUCUGACGGACCCAUGCUCCUUAUUGGAGCUGGUGUCGGCGUUGCUCCCUUCCGUGGCUUUGUCCAGAGCCGCCUCAGAUCAGCCAACUGUGCCAACAAGGUCUGGGUGCUCCAAGGGGUCCGUGACUCGUUGCUUGAUGAACUCUACUCCGGAGAAUGGGGGGUCCAUGAAGACGAAGUUAAGAAGGUCGUUCAGAGUAGACGAGGCGAAGGUAGAUACGUGCAGGAGGAAGUACGCCAUCAAGCAGACCUGGUCUGGUUCGUAAUCAAUUCUCUUGAUGGACGAGUCUUCGUCUGUGGCAGCAGCAAGGGCAUGGGUGAGGGUGUCGAGGCAGCCUUGAUUGACGUAGCCAUUGCAAAAGGCAACCUGAACCCAGACCAGGCAAGAAUAUUCUGGGAUGAGAAAAAGGCGGCUGGCCAGUACAUUGCGGAGACUUGGUAA